AUGAACGCCGACCAGUUUACAAAACCGGCAAAGCUCGAAUUCGAAGGCAACGUCGCCGAGAACUACAGACGAUUUCGCCAACAGUUUGAAAUAUACAUGUCUCCUACAGGAUUCGACGCGACAAACGUCCCGAAAAAGAAACAAGCCGCAAUCCUGUUGAACAUAGCUGGCGAAGAAGCUAUAGAAGUAUUCAAUACAUUUACAUUCGCAGAAGAUGAAGAUAAAGACGACCCUGAAGAUAUACUGGCGAAAUUUCAGAAUUACUGUGAGCCAAAGAAGAACAUUACUUAUGAAAGACAUAUAUUCAAUACGCGAGUGCAACAACAAACUCAAUCGUUCGAUGCGUAUUUAACAGAGCUACGUGUCCAAGCUAAGAAAUGUACUUAUGGUACGCUUCAAGACGAACUAAUUCGCGACAGAUUAGUUGUAGGAAUACGAGACGACAAAGUACGAAGUAGGCUACUUCGAGAGCCAGAACUGACUCUACAAAAAUGCAUUGACAUUGCACACGCCGCGGAAAUCUCACAGAAACAAAUGCAAGAAAUCAAAGAUGAAACGAACACAGUUCAUGAUGUAAGACCAACAUAUAGAACACUUACCGACAAAGAUCGCCCGAGAUAUGAGUCGCGGGGAAAGUCGCAAGAACGAAGAAAAUCAAAGUCAACUCGAAUGCCCGAUUGCAAAUACUGUGGUACACAACAUGCUUUCCGCAAAGAAGUAUGCCCAGCGUACGGAAAAAUAUGUUCAUCUUGUGGCAAGGGCAAUCAUUUUGCAGUUCAUGCAGCUAAUAUUGCCA